AUGUCGGCGGACAUUCAGAAGGCAAAGGAGGGAACGAAUUGGAGGACAGUCUGCAUAACGACAGGGCGUGUCGGCACCGGUGAUGUACAGGUUGACCAUGGACAUCUCUUUGGUGUCGAAGGUGAAAGACCGGUCGCCGUACUCGGCCAACUUGAGAAAGCCGCUGCCGUCAUUUCUGACGCACCACGCCUUCAGCAUCGCCUCGACCAACUCGCCCACACUGCCCAAGCAGUCAUCUUUGUGCAAGAAUUGGACGGGUCCGUCGUAGCAGGUCAGGGCGGCCUCACACAGUGUCCGAUCAUCGCGCUGGUCUUUGAACUUCCGGACCUCCCCCAUGACCCAGCCGUGGACUUCGCUUUUCAUGUGCCGCAAAGCGUCCUCGCCGUGCACAUGGAAAGAAUCUGA